AUGCAUCACAAGGACUCCAACAAGAGGGGCGGCUUCGUCCGUACUAAUAUGUAUAUACACGUCCUCACUGCCUUAGCUGACCAUGCAGACCAUCAGCGCCGCCGUCGUCAUCAGCAUCAGCACCCUUCACUUUUCAAAGAUAUUUUCCACACUGGUGUCUGGGCGCCUGAGUUCAGAGCAAUGUGGUAUGCCUGGCUCAUUAUGUAUAUCAGCUUGGGUGUAUUCAUUGGUAUCUCGGGUGAAAAGUGGUCUAUAUUAAUAGCAUACCUUGCCUUCUUCGGAGUGCUCCCUCCAAUUGCUAUAAUCAAGCAUAUAUUCACCAUAAAGAGGAAGCAAGCGGCUGAGAGGAAUAGACAGAGUCGUGAUCGAGCACUAGAGUUGGCUAAUGAUAAGCUUGCUACUGAGGAGUGGUUAAAGAACAAUUGUGAAAGGAUGAUGGGAGAUGAUCCAAGAUGUAUAUGUUACUGUAAAGAUGAGUGCGCUAUCUGCUUAUCGGAUUAUCAUCCUAGCGACGUCCUCAUCCUAUUACCAUGUCAUCAUGUAUAUCACUUACAAUGCAUUAAGAUGUUAUUGGAUUCUCCCAUGUCCUAUGAUGGCAAUGCCCCUAGAUGCCCCCUCUGUCGUGCACGCCUUGGUGAUGAAGUCCUCAUGCCUGAGCCAGCCAAAACUGCUGUCGUCGAUAAUGCUGCUGCUGCUGCUGGAAACAGUGCUAUUCAAACGUUACAAGAAGUGGUGUAA